CCGGAAUCCUUCAACUUCCAAUGAUCACGAUUAAAUUAGGCUAGCUAUAUGAUAGCUAAACUUCAUGCCACAUCAUUUCGACCACUCGACUAAGUAUCCUGUUCUAUUUGACCAUCAUGACAUCUGAUGAUGGCGCAGAGGCCAUCUGGACGUUUGCUCAAGCAUUCACGUCCUCCUUUCAAGCGUCUUGUUCUGAACUUGCCUCCCGUCUCAAAGUUGCGAAUGCAGAUUCUGUGCAUUCAAUUGCCGGAGAAAUACAAGCUCUCAACAAGCGUUUGACUGAAGCUACCGGGAGACUUCCAAGCUAUGAUCAAAGACAAAAUGAACUACAACUUAAAGCAUUAGAGAAGUCGCUUGAGGAACUGCGUUCAUCAACCGCAGGGAAAACAAAAUUCGCUUUCAAACGGAAGGUCAAAAUACCAGCUCCAGCAUCAGCAGAGACCGCCACGCCACCUGCUCAAACGAAUGCACUAGCGAUACCUACAACACCAAUAUCUAGUGCUUCCAGAACGAUAUCCAACCACUCCAAUUCCUACCUUUCUAGAUCGUGCCUUUCUGACCCCAGUUCAUCCACAAAUCACAUAGAGGUGUCUAUAACAAGAGUAUCGAACAGCGUUCUAAAUCUUUUUACGACCACGAAUGAGUCAACUCUGUCUGCUAAUACCGUUUCCCUUUCGGCGCUUCACAUCCGCGACAUACAGAAUUCAAUUCUCAUUCUAGGGAGUGUCGAUGGUAGCAUCAUGUUACACAACUUAACAAAUUGCGUGGUUGUUGCUGGAUGUCACCAGUUCAGGAUGCACAAUUCUACCGCUGUCGAUGCCUAUCUUGACAUUACAUCGAAUCCAAUAAUCGAAAGUUGUGAUCAAGUGAGAUUUGGUCCAUACCCGAGCGAGUUGAAGACAACCAGUGAUCAGCAACAUCUGAUCAUCGGAGACCAUACCGAGCUCCCUUUCUUGCCCCAGGACUUCUCGCACAUUCGCGCCACUCCAUCACCUAAUUGGAGAGCUCUAGAAGAAGACGAAUUGGUUCGUGAUUGGCCCCUUCCAGAAACAGAUUACACCGUUCAACUCGAAAGGGCAUUGCCCGGUCCCAAAAUCUGAUGCUCAUCGCUGACGGACCAUAUGUCCCUAGGCACGUAGUCGAGUACUGGUAGGUGAAGAAGUCACUGUCAUGAGUCCCACUAGUUGAUUAUGUCGACGUCUGUCAGAUCAUAGAUGUACUAAAUGGAA